AUGUCUUCUUUCAGCUACAGCGUCACUCGACAGUAUCCCUACAAAUGGUUUACGCCAACUGCAGUAAUCGGUGGCAUAGUCCUGACCGUCCUGUUCUCAGCCAUCAACUUCUUCUCUAAUGCCUACAACAUGAUCAGCAUCACGACGAACAACCCAGAUAUAGUCGAAACCAGCCACUGGUCUGGCAAAGUGCCUGGCUCUCUCACCAGCAAAAUACAACCUAAAUGCGAGGAUGCGAUUAUACCAAUAGGCUCCAGUGUCAAUACCAACCAAACAGCACUUGCGUAUCAACUUGUUCGCGUGCAAAAUUCUCCGGCUUUGACGUAUCAUAACGAGCGCCUGAGCAAUUGCGAAGUCACACAGAUCCUGAUUGAUUUCCAGACGAGUGAUGGGAGACAAGCUGCUUUGAUGGACAGAUCUGGGUGGGGUGUCAGUGUCAGUGCCGACAUCACCUGUAAUACCCCAGACAAGAAGGACUCUCUCAGCAAAACGAUGGAUUUGCGCGCGAGCUAUGAUCCUUUGGCUUCUUCUGUGGAACCUGGUGUUUCUAGCUUUAUCCGCGUUAAUGCAUCUAUACCAACAUUUUUGUGGUCUGAGACGCUGUUGUUGGCGUUCUGGGCUGAGACCGUACAGGCCAUAACCACGCAAACGACCCAAGACGCAGAUACUGAUGCUGCAAUCCCGCAAUUCAACCUAUCUAGUGGUUAUGUGUCGUUCAGACGUCCAUCCACAAAUAUCGAGUCUGCAUCCUUUUUCUCCGCCGGCCAACACGCUNUUUUCCCCAUCGACACUACACAAACACCGUACAGAGGCAGUUUCAACAGUCGACUAAAUACUCCUUACGAGACUUUGACUGAUGCUUCCAAUAUAACAUGGCCAAAUAUCUGGAUACCAGCAGACCACCUCGCCAAAGCAAUGUUCUCAGCUAUAUCCGCCGACCUAGGUCAAAAUGCCAGAAUCGUUGUUUCGGCACCAGAUUGGGAAUUGCCGGUUUGGAGUAUUGUUUCUUCUGCUGAUCGCCUAUCUCACUGGUCUCAAAACCUGAGUCACAUAUGGGAAUCCAGCACUAUCAAAGACAAAGACACACUUUUGGGCUAUGGAUGGAUGAAAAUGCAACAAUACACUGAUACCGACAUCAACACAUUGACUCUCACGCCUUCUGUAUUUGCAGCUACGUAUACUUGUCCAGUUCCAAGAAUGAAGAGUGGAGCUAACGUGUUUAUUUCUGUACUGAUUGCGGAUUUGGUUUUGCUGAGGGCGGCUUGGUCGUUGUAUAAUUCUGUGGUUGAGUAUUUUGUCAAGACUAGGUGUAAGGAGGCGAAUUUGUGUCUUGGGUGUGUACUACAGCAGAGGAGUGAAGAUAAUGCUGAUGGCGAUUGUGGACUUGUGGUUGAUACUGAGAAGAGGAACGGACCCCGUGGAGAGCAGGUUGAACUGACUUCUUUGGGGAGAGGAUGUGAACAGAGUACGCAGAGACUGUUGGAGAGGAGACCAGCUGUGGUAUGA